AGAGUCGGAUGUCGCCUGACCGGAUGGUAGCUGGAAGUUUUUUUGUAUUGUGAGUUUUUUUUGUAUUAAACUCCGAUUGUCUGCGUUUAAAUUAACUUCGUCAGAGCUACAGACAGUAACGCUUGGUUACAGUAGAUGAUUCUUAAUUCCCCUUAAAUUAUUUAAGUGUGUGUUUUCAGUGACAGGCCGAUGAUUGAAAGUGAUUAAAGGAAGGUAGACGAGUCGAGCCGAGUCCUACCGAGCGAAGCCGAACCGAACCGAGUCCUACCGAGCGGAGCCGAGCCGAGUGGAGCCGAGUCCUACCGAGCGGAGCCGAGCCCUGCUGCAGCCAUGGGGAACCGGGGGAUGGAGGACUUGAUCCCCCUGAUUAAUAAACUUCAGGAUGCUUUCAGUUCCAUCGGGCAGAGCUGUAAUUUGGAUUUACCCCAGAUCGCUGUGGUGGGAGGGCAGAGCGCCGGAAAGAGCUCAGUUUUGGAGAAUUUCGUCGGCAGGGAUUUUCUCCCUCGUGGUUCAGGAAUCGUCACUCGCAGGCCUCUUGUUCUGCAGCUAAUAAACAACAAAGCAGAGUAUGCAGAGUUUCUACACUGUAAAGGGAAGAAGUUUGUGGACUUUGAAGAGGUUCGGGUGGAGAUCGAGGCCGAGACAGACAGGAUCACGGGCUCGAAUAAGGGAAUCUCCCCCAUCCCUAUCAACCUCAGAGUCUACUCACCAAAUGUGUUGAAUCUGACUCUCAUCGACCUGCCGGGGAUGACCAAGGUUGCCGUGGGCGACCAGCCAGCAGACAUCGAGCACCAGAUCCGAGACAUGCUCUUGCAGUUCAUCACUAAAGAGAGCUGCCUGAUCCUGGCAGUCACUCCGGCUAACAUGGACCUGGCCAACUCGGACGCCCUCAAGAUCGCCAAGGAGGUGGACCCUCAGGGUCUGCGCACUAUCGGCGUGAUCACUAAGCUGGACCUGAUGGACGAGGGAACAGACGCUCGAGACAUCCUGGAGAACAAGCUGCUACCUCUGCGCAGAGGCUAUAUCGGAGUGGUCAAUCGCAGUCAGAAGGACAUUGAUGGCAGGAAGGACAUUCGUGCAGCUCUGGCUGCUGAAAGGAAGUUCUUCCUGUCUCAUCCUUCAUACAGACACAUGGCUGAGCGAAUGGGAACGCCGCACCUGCAGAAGACCCUCAACCAGCAAUUGACUAACCACAUCCGAGACACGCUGCCUGGUUUACGCUGUAAGUUGCAGUCGCAGCUCCUGUCUCUGGAGAAAGAGGUGGAGGAGUACAAGAACUUCCGUCCUGAUGAUCCCACACGCAAGACCAAGGCUCUGCUGCAGAUGGUGCAGCAGUUCGGCGUAGACUUUGAGAAGUGUAUUGAGGGCUCAGGAGAUCAGGUGGACACGGUGGAACUUUCCGGAGGAGCCAGAAUCAACCGCAUCUUCCACGAGCGCUUCCCCUUCGAGCUGGUCAAGAUUGUGUUUGAUGAGAAGGAGCUGCGGCGAGAGAUCAGUCACGCCAUUAAGAAUGUGCACGGUGUCAGAACUGGCCUGUUCACCCCUGACCUGGCGUUCGAAGCCAUCGUGAAAAAGCAGGUGGUAAAGCUGAAAGAGCCCUGUCUCAAAUGUAUCGAUCUGGUGAUUCAGGAGCUCAUCAACACGGUCAGGCAGUGCACCAACAAGCUGAACUCAUACCCCCGCCUGAGAGAGGAGACCGAGAGAAUCGUCACUACAUACGUCCGAGAGCGAGAGGGCAAGACUAAGGACCAGGUUCUGUUGCUGAUCGACAUUGAGCUGUCUUACAUCAACACCAACCACGAGGACUUCAUCGGAUUUGCCAAUGCCCAACAGAGAACACUCGCACACAAGAAAAGACCCAUUCCAAACCAGCUAAGCAGACCAGUAGACGGAACACCAGAAAAGGUGAUCCGUAAAGGCUGGCUCACCAUCAACAUCAGCUUCAUGAAGGGAGGAUCCAAGGAGUACUGGUUCGUCCUGACCGCUGAGUCUCUGUCCUGGUACAAGGAUGAAGAGGAAAAGGAGAAGAAAUACAUGCUUCCUCUGGACAACCUGAAGCUCAGAGAUGUGGAGAAGGGCUUCAUGUCCACCAAACACACCUUCGCUAUCUUCAACACAGAGCAAAGGAACGUUUAUAAAGACCUGCGGCAGAUCGAGCUGGCCUGCGAUUCUCAGGAGGACGUGGACAGCUGGAAGGCCUCGUUCCUCCGUGCGGGCGUGUACCCUGAGAAAGAUCAGGCAGAUGCAGAUGAUGGCGCUCCAGCAGACACCUUCUCCAUGGACCCUCAGCUAGAGAGGCAGGUUGAAACAAUCCGUAACUUGGUGGACUCCUACAUCUGCAUCGUCAACAAGACCAUCAGAGACCUGAUGCCUAAGACCAUCAUGCACCUCAUGAUCAACAAUGCCAAGGACUUCAUCCACUCGGAGCUGCUGGCCUACCUUUACUCUUCAGGGGAUCAGAACAGUCUGAUGGAGGAGUCGGCCGAUCAGGCUCAGAGGAGGGACGAAAUGCUGCGGAUGUACCACGCCCUCAAGGAGGCUCUCAGCAUCAUCGGUGACAUCAGCACCUCCACCAUCUCCGUGCCCGUGCCUCCACCCGUUAAUGACAACUGGAUUCAGGAGCCCAGCCCAACCCCUCAGCGACUACCAGCUUCUGUGGCUCCGCUCCCAAACAGACCUCCAGCGGUGAGAGGGCCCACCCCGGGACCGCCUCCUCUAAACCCCUCCCCUGCUUUUGGUGCCCCGCCCAUCCCAUCCAGACCGGGACAGCCCAUUAACGCCUUCAGCAACAGCAGCCAGGACCCGUUCAGUGCACCGCCUCAGGUGCCCUCUCGCCCUGCACGUGUGCCCCCCGGGGUGCCCAGCCGAAGACCUCCUGGCGCUCCCACCCGGCCCACCAUAAUCCGCCCUGCUGAGCCCUCCCUUCUAGACUAGGCCUUCACCACACAUACACACACACACACACACACACACACAUGCAUACACACAUCUGCGUAUAUGGGCCAACAAAGAGAAAUAGAGUGAUCUAGAGAGCGGCGGAUUUGGGGAUUUGUGUCUGUACAUCCGGCCUGACCAAUAAAUAUCCACCUGAUUAGUUUGUUCAGACUGUUCUCUCAUAAAAACGCUGCUAAUUUCCUUCUUUAGUCACAAGAUUGCAAUUCCACAUGCAGGCUGUACUAUUAGUACGAUUAAUCAAACCACUUCUCUACCUUUUUAGUUUUUCUUUCAUGUUGUUUUCUUGGGUUAGCCUUCAGGGGGCGCUGCUUUAACCGUGUGUCUCAUUUUCAUUUGGGUGACGUGUUUUUUUCCCCUCUCUCUCGCUCUCGCUCUCUCUCUCUCUCUCUCUCUCUCUCUCCCUCUCUCUCUUUCUCUCUCUCUCUCUGAAUGUACAACAGCGUCCGCUCACUGGGAACCAGCUGAGACCUGUGUGUUUGUUUUUUUAUUUAUUUUUUCUUAUUUCUAGUAAAUAUAAUAUUAUUGUUGUGGGGUUUCUUUUUUUUUACUACUUUUUUUUUUCCACCACCCGUCUCAUCUCAGCUAAACCCACUCGACUAAGAAAUGAAGAUCCUUUCGUCAACCUCACGGUCUUUAAAAUUCGGUUUGCUAUCCGUGUUUAGGUUUUAGCAGGACGACGUAAAAAACGAACUAAAAUAAAAAAACGCUGCUUGUUUGUAAACAGUUCUGCAUGUCUGGGUAACAGUAGUGUGUGUGUGUGAGAGAGACAAUAAUACUGAAGCGCAGUAACGCCUCUUGCGCGUCAGGAGGUCAUUCUGUCUCGGCUAGCGUAGCGUCUCAGGUUUUCACAGCUCCUUAUCGGUUAACGCAGUUUUGAUGACUUUCUUCCAUUAAAGUUCUUUCAUUAGCCUUUAUUUCACCUUCAGGGAUGGAGCGAGCAUCAGUAAAGAGGGGUAGUACAAAAUGAUGAAAAGGGCGGGGUAGUUAGCGACCAAUCAGAAGCGAACAAGGAGCUUGUAGUUAGUGGACGUAAACAACGUUCGUAAACGUAAACUUACGACACGUUUCUCAUGCAAGUAAAACCGUUAUCUCAAUUUUUUUUCUUCUCGUUCAGUUAUUUAUUAAGUUAAAAGAGCGAAUCCAAAACCUCUGGACUUCUAGAAGCAUCUAUAAGAAGACAAACCCAUGACGCUCAGUGACGCGUCUGGGAUCCUGCCCCAGGUCUUGUACUAAUAUGUUUUUUUUCUGAUUUGGUCCAAACUACCCCUCAGGUUAGAGAUUUUACCCCAGACCUUAUGAACAGGGUCUCAAAAUAACACACAUACAUACAAACAUGUACAUGCACUGUAAUACGCUUCCUUUAAAAAAAAAAAAAAGUUAAUAAUAAUAAUAAAGGAUAAAAUAAAGUCGUGUCGAAUCGCGUGUCGGCGAACGGAAACACGAAGCCGCCGACGUUACGAGCCGCCGUAAUCAGACAUCAGAGCUUUUAAAGCUGGUUACUAAUAAACGCAUUAACAGGGCUGUGGGACUGGGAACGACUUCGGGGAAAUGUACACUUACAGUUUGGCGUUUUAAAUAUUGUUUUUUCCUUUUUUUCUUUUUUUUGUAUUAUUUAUAACCCAGGCAUUAUGUCAUUGAUGUUUUUGAUUUCUUCUUCUUUUUUUGUUUUUCUUUUCUUUUCUUUUUUUUCUCUCUUGUCAUUUGUCUCUAUACUUUUGGAGAAAUCAUGUGUAGUAUAGGGCAGGGAGGCGGCCGGAAGACAGCGUCUCGUCUUCAACUGCAAAUCUAUAAAUAAACAGAAAUUAAUCCGAGCUGCAGGAAGGAGAGGAAUUUACCAGGAAUUAACGUUGGUGUCCAGUUAUAUUUAAUGGGGUUGAAAGGGGUGAUAAAUGCUGAUAAAGAUGACGAUGAUGAUGAUUUCUGGGUUUUGCUUUUGGAAUAAUCACGGUUUUAACUUUGACGUGGAGACGCAGGACGGGAACGAGAGAAUAUCCUGUACCACAAAAUGAAGUAUGUUAAGAGAACAGUGAGGUCAGAUCUCAAGAGGUUUAAUCCAGAUUUGUUUAUUACUUACGCAUGGCUACGAUGAUGAUGAUGAUGAUUAUGAUGAUGAUGAAAUGUCUUAUAUACAAUAUAAUAAAAAGCUCUAUAUAAGAUAUACACACCUAGCCAUGUCUACAAAACAGAAUCUCUCCUCCGUCAUUCUCCACCUCUCCGGUUUCUGCAGAAGAGACCCAAUAUUACACCCUGUAUAGUUCUGUUUGUAUUCCUUUCUUCUUUUUUUGUUUUUGUUUUGGCUUCUUUUGAAAUCAUCGAUCCUUGUCAAGUGCCUCUGUAGCAGUUAAUGCACUCUGAGCAAAAAAUGAUAUAAUGGUGGAAAAUUGGAAAAAACUACAAGCUAAUAAAAGAGGUAUUGUGUACAAUAAAA